AUGUAUGCACAGCUGGCGGAGAAAGAUAGGCGGGAGGGCUCAGAGAAGGUCUACGAUGAGCGGAUGGACAUGAUCAUGGAGUUGGAUCGUCUCAAGGACCUCACGAAGAGGGACGCCGAGGAGCAGGCCAAGAAGUCCAAGCGGGUUGAGGAUCGCAAAGUCAUUACCGAACAGAUUGAGGCUAGACAGAGGGCCAAGCUUAUCCGGCUAGAGGCCAGGGAACAGGAAAACCGCGCUAUGCUGGGCGCUAUCCAACGCUACGCCGACGAAGACAAGGCAGCUGCGGAAAAAAAGGCCAUAGAGGUCCGGCAAGCUCGAGCGGCGGUCAUGGCGGCGAAUGAAGCGGCGAUCGAGAUGCGUCGCUCGGCCAGGCAGAGAGAGGUCGAGGAAGUAGAAUCCAUCCUGGCCUACCAAGCUAUGAAGGAUGAAGAAAUGCGGCUUCGUGAAGUGGAGGAGGCCGAAAAGAAGCAGAUGAUGAAGGAAAGGCAGCAAAAACUCCUCGAGGGACAGCUGAGGGACAUGGACAAGCAGGCCGAGCUCGAUGAGCUGAGGGCCAGACGCGCCGCGGAAGAAAAGGAGCGUGAGAUGAGGCACCGCGAGCGUCUGGCCGCGGAGAAACGCCGGAGGGACGUGACGCAACUUCAGGCGGAUCGAAAGCGCCAGGCAGACAUGAAGAAAGCUCAGCUAGCCAAAGAGGCGGAGCUGGAAGAGGGAGAAUACGAGGCAGCAGUCAGGGGUUUUGAAGCUGGGAGGCUCAAUCGAGACGGUGCUGGUACGAUACUUCACGCUUCCGCUGACGUCAUGAGCACACGCAUUCUUCCCAAUAACGCAUGA